AUGGAGUCGCUUUCACCGUCAAUCGGAAAGAAAGCGAUUAUUUCACCCUCAACAACUACUACACAAAACAAUCACAAUCUCUUUUUCCGUUCCGUUAAGUUACCGAAUUUUAACGGAGUUUGCCGGAAACUGAGAAUAAACGGAGUAUCUAAAAAUGCUGAAGGAAUUGAUUUUAGUGAUCCAGAUUGGAAAUUAAAAUAUCAAACAGAAUUUGAAGCUCGUUUUAAUAUUCCUCAUAUUACUGAUGUUUUUCCUGACGCCGUUUCAUAUCCUUCUACUUUUUGCCUUAAAAUGAGGACACCGGUAUCUGAGGAGUUUGCAGAAGGUUACCCCUCGGAUGAAAAAUGGCAUGGUUAUAUUAACAAUAAUGACAGAGUACUUCUUAAAGUAAUUAAUUAUUCCUCCCCAUCAUCUGCUGGUGCUGAGUGCAUUGAUCCCAAUUGUUCAUGGGUAGAGCAAUGGGUUCACCGUGCUGGUCCUCGAGAGAAAAUAUUUUUCAAGCCAGAAGAGGUGAAAGCAGCAAUUGUAACUUGUGGUGGACUUUGCCCCGGGCUUAAUGAUGUUAUUCGACAGAUAGUCAUAACCCUUGAGAUAUAUGGAGUCAAGCAAAUUGUGGGAAUUCCUUUUGGAUAUCGUGGAUUUUCAGAAAAAGAUUUAGCUGAGAUGCCAUUAUCCAGGAAAGUGGUGCAAAAUGUUCAUCUUUCGGGGGGAAGCUUGCUGGGAGUAUCACGUGGAGGACCUAAAGUUAGUGAUAUCGUGGACAGCAUCCAGGAAAGAGGAAUCAACAUGCUCUUUGUGCUGGGUGGAAAUGGUACACAUGCUGGUGCAAAUGCAAUUCAUGAUGAGUGCCGUAAAAGACGUAUAAAGGUGGCUGUCGUUGGUGUGCCAAAAACUAUAGACAACGAUAUUAUGCUUAUGGAUAAGACAUUUGGUUUUGAUACUGCUGUUGAAGAAGCACAGAGAGCCAUUAAUUCUGCUUACAUUGAGGCGCAUAGUGCAUAUCAUGGUAUUGGAAUUGUGAAGUUGAUGGGCCGUAGUAGUGGGUUUAUAGCUAUGCAAGCAUCCCUAGCUAGUGGACAAAUAGACAUAUGCUUGAUUCCAGAGGUUCCUUUUAAUCUGCAUGGCCCACAUGGUGUAUUGAGGCAUCUAAAAUAUCUGCUCGAGACAAAGGGAUCAGCUGUUAUCUGUGCAGCAGAGGGAGCUGGGCAGGAUUUCCUUGAGAAAACCAAUGCAAAAGAUGCAUCUGGAAAUGCUGUACUCGGAGACAUUGGUGUUUAUUUGCAACAAGAGAUUAAAAAGUACUUCAAGGAGAUCGGAGGAGCUGAUGUGAAAUACAUUGAUCCUACUUACAUGAUCCGUGCAUGCCGUGCAAAUGCUUCAGAUGGAAUUCUGUGCACGGUACUUGGGCAAAAUGCUGUUCACGGUGCAUUUGCUGGAUAUAGUGGUAUCACAGUGGGUAUAUGCAAUACUCAUUAUGUCUACUUUCCAAUUCCAGAAGUCAUCUCUAAACCCAGACUUGUCGACCCCAACAGCCGCAUGUGGCAUCGUUGCUUGACAUCCACAGGCCAGCCAGAUUUUCUUUGAAUCAGGAUGCAACUUAAUUUAUACUUCAGAUAGCUAUCAUAAUGUAAAUUAGAGAAACAGGCAGCCAAAUUGAAAAGGUUUACGGCUCCUGUUCCAUUUGUUGAAGGAAUAACACGGAAAAAAGGAUUCCCCAUUUUUUUGCUUGGCAUACAUUGUUUGAUGCCAUUUCAGAAAGGCAUAUCUAUAAACGAAGCUUUGACAGAGACUAAGGGUAGCAUUAUCAUUUGUUCCUCACAUUCUGUAAAGCUUCUCUAACGGUUAAAGAAAUUCAUUUUAAUCCGAGCCCUUCUGUACCAUUUGAACUUACUCCUGGACCAAAUUAAGGUAUACCACCAGUUAUGUUCAUUCAUCUUUAA